CUGCUGCUGCUGCUGCUGGCGGCAGCGCUGAGCACCGCGGGGGCAGCGCGGAGCUGCCCUGUACAGAGCUUGGGCUGCAAGUGCGGUACCGAGCGGGCCAAAGCUCCCGGCGGCCCCGCACCGCCCCGACGGCGGGUGGUCUGCAGCGGCGGGGGGCUCCCGGUGCCACCCGAGCCGCGCCUGCUGCCCGACGGAACCGCCACGCUGCUGCUGAGCAACAACAAGAUCACGGUGCUGGAGAACGGCUCCUUCCUCGGGCUGCGGCUGCUGGAGAAGCUGGACCUGAAGAACAACCUGAUCAGCACAGUCCAGCCAGGUGCCUUCCUCGGCCUCCCAGAGCUGAGGCGCCUGGACCUCUCCAACAACCGCAUCGGCUGCUUGAGCGCCAGCGUCUUCCGGGGGCUCCCCAACCUCCUCAGGCUGAACAUGUCCGGGAACAUUUUCUCCAGCCUCCCACCUGAUGUCUUCGAUGAGCUCCCAGCCCUGAGAGUUGUGGACUUUGCCACCGAGUACCUGACGUGCGACUGCAACCUGCGCUGGGUGCUGCCCUGGGCUCGCAACCGCUCGGCGCAGAUCUCGGAGCGCACAACCUGCGUCUACCCGCGGCACCUGCACGGCUUCCCCCUGCGGGGGGCGCCCGAGAGCCAGCUCCGCUGCGCGGGCGCCCCGGAGCUGCACACCCACCACCUGAUCCCGUCGCUGCGCCAGGUGGUGUUCCAAGGGGACCGGCUGCCCUUCCAGUGCACCGCCACCUACUUGGACAACAGUACCCAGAUCCGGUGGUACCACAACCGGGAGCCCGUGGAGGAGGACGAGCGGACGGGCGUCAUCGUGGAGGACAGCCUCAUCCAUGACUGCACCUUCAUCACCAGCGAGCUCAUCCUCUCCAACAUCCACGUCUCUGCCAACGGCGAGUGGGAAUGUGCCGUCUCCACCUCCCAGGGCAACGUCAGCAAGAAGGUGGAGAUCGUGGUGCUGGAGACCUCCGCGUCCUACUGCCCUGCCGAGCGGGUCACCAACAACCGCGGGGACUUUCGGUGGCCCCGCACCCUGGCAGGGAUCACUGCCUACCAGCCCUGCCUCCAGUACCCCUUCGCGGCGGGGCCGGGGGGCACAGGCUCGGCGGCGGAGAAGCAGGCGUGGCGCCGCUGCGACCGCGCCGGGCGCUGGGAGGAGGGAGACUACUCCCACUGCCUCUACACCAACGACAUCACCCGCGUCCUCUACACCUUCGUGCUGAUGCCCAUCAACGCCUCCAACGCCCUGACCCUGGCACACCAGCUCCGUGUCUACACCGCCGAGGCGGCCAACUUCUCGGACAUGGUCGAUGUCCUCUAUGUGGCCCAGAUGAUAGAGAAGUUUAUCGGCUACGUGGACCAGAUCAAGCAGCUGACGGAGGUGAUCGUCGAGAUGGCCAGCAACAUCAUGCUGGUGGAUGACCACAUCCUGUGGAUGUCACAGAAGGAGGAGAAGGCUUGCACCAGCAUCGUCCGCUCCCUGGAGAAGAUCGCUGUCCACACCCUUGGCAGCAACUCCCAGCACAUGGCAGUGAACUCUCGCAACAUCGCCUUCGAGGCGUACCUGGUGAAACCCGAGAGCUACGUGGGGCUGAGCUGUGUGGCUUUCCAGCGGCGGGACGGGGGCGCGGCCGCGCGUCCCCCCCAGGCUGAGCGCGGGGCUGAGCCUGUGUCCGACCAGCAGCUGAGGCUGCGCUGCACCACGGGGCGACCCAACGUCUCCCUGACCAGCUUCCACAUCAAGAACAGCAUCGCCCUGGCCUCCAUCCAGCUGCCGCCCAGCCUGUUCUCCAGCCCUGUCCCCACCGCGCCGGUGGCCGACUGCAAGCUGCAGCUGCUGGUGUUCCGCAACGGGAAGCUGUUCUGCAGCACCGGCAACUCCUCCCGCCUGGCCGACGACGGCAAACGCCGCAGCGUGGCCACCCCGGUCAUCUACGCCGGGACCUAUGGCUGUGGAGUGGGGAACCUGUCUGAGCCAGUGGCUGUGUCCCUGCGGCACCCCAGGGAGGGCGCAGACCCAGUGGCUGCCUACUGGAACUUUGAGGUGCUGGGGGGCAUGGGCGGCUGGAGCGCCGAGGGCUGCCAGCUGGCUGCCCGGGAGCCCAACGUCAGUUCCCUGCACUGCCGGCACCUCAGCAACGUGGCUGUGCUCAUGGAGCUGAGUGGGUUCCCCAGUGAGGCACAAGGAGCUGUGGAGGUGCUGCACCCAGCCAUGUACACCUGCACGGCCGUGCUGCUGCUCUGCCUCUUCACCACCAUCAUCACCUACAUCGUCAACCACGGCACCAUCCUGAUCCCACGGAAGGGCUGGCACAUGCUGCUCAACCUCUGCUUCCACAUCGCCAUGACUGCUGCUGUCUUUGCUGGAGGAAUCACCCUCACCAGCUACCUGAUCGUUUGCCAGGCAGUUGGCAUCAUCUUGCACUACUCUUCCCUCUCCACCCUGCUGUGGAUGGCAGUGAAAGCCAGAGUGCUCUACAAGGAGGCCACCUGGAAGGCACCACGGCAGCCAGAUGGGGACAUGUCCCAGCCAGCCCCCAGGCCCAUGCUGCGGUUCUACCUGAUCGCCGGUGGGAUCCCCCUCAUCAUCUGCGGGAUCACAGCAGCUGUCAACAUCCACAACUACCACGACAACAACCCCUACUGCUGGCUGGUGUGGCGUCCCAGCCUGGGGGCUUUCUACGUCCCCGUGGCUUUCAUUUUGCUGGUCACCUGGAUUUACUUUCUCUGUGCCGGGCUCAGCCUCCAGUGCCGACCGUCACGUCGGAAAGACGUCCCCGAGCCCAUGGAGCCCCCACCACGGCUGGGUGGCGCUGGUGACCUCCUGACAGACUCUGGGUCCAUCUCAGUGACGCUGAACUCGGGGCUGCCCUGCCCGGAGGCAGACGGAGUCUACUCCCUGCAGGUGCAGUUCUGGGCACUGGUGACCACCCACGCCCUGUACGUGGCCCUGUGGACAUUCGGUGCCAUGGCUGUGUCCCAGCGCUGGUACCUCAACGUCGUCUUCAGCUGCCUCUACGGCAUCACCGCCGUGGUGCUGGGACUCUUCAUCUUCAUCCACCACUGCGUCCGGCGCCGGGAUGUCCUCAAUUCCUGGUUCUCUUGCUGCCCUUCCUACAGGAACGCUCUGCCCAUGCAGGCGUACGUCCACCCCGGGCUGGCACCAGAGGACGGCUCCCAGGUCUUCAUCGGCUGCGACCCGGAGGCAGCUCACUCUGCAGCCUCCUCCUCCUCCUCCCCCAGCAGCGCCAGCUCGGCCGGGGGCCGCUGCAAGCUCACCAACCUGCAGGUGGCCCAGAGCCAGGCGGACGCUCGCCCGGCCGCAUGCCCGGAGCCAGACUCCACCGAGGGCAAGGUCACCGUCACCGGCCGCCACGCCAGCAACCUGCACGGCCGCAGGAGCCACCGGGGCAGAACUAAGCAGUGCCGGGACGGGAAGCAUCACCGCUUGAAAAUGCUGCGAGGCCCCUCCUCGGAGCAGCCCUCCAGCGAGAGCGGGAGCCUGCACAACAGCCACUCCGAGAGCUACCAGAGCGGCAGGAACAGUCCUGGCAGCAGCGGCCGCGCAGGGGCACGGCUGCCCCAGGACGGGGACAUGGCACCCAGCCCCUCGGAGGGCAGCGACGGCGGGCGCCGGGGCCCCGACUUCGGCGAAGCUCGGCGGAGGAGCGCCAGCAGGGACAACCUGCGGCAAGCCAGCGCCGGGGAGAAGGAGGCCAAGCGCCGCUCCUACCCCCUCAACGUGGCCAGCCACAACGGUGGCCUCAAGGGCAGCAAGUAUGACAUCAACCUGGCCAGCGCCGACAGCGUGGCCGGGAUGAAGACCGGGCUCUGGAAGAGUGAAACCACCGUGUAA